UACUCUCCACAAUUACUCCGGCAUUCAAUACGCGCACCCUCCACCCUUCCCCCUCCCCUCCCCACUCGUCUUCCUCCUCCAAUCCUCCCGUCUCCAUCGCCGCCGCCGUCCCUUUCUCCCUCCCUCCCCUUCUCCUCCACAUCUACACGCCGGCCACCUACUAGCUCCUCCGACGUCGUCCUCGAUCGUCUCAUGAUCACUGGACUUAGCUUCAUCCCAAUCCGAUAGAGCUGUUUUAUCGGUCCACUCACGCGUGUAUACGAAGAUCGGAUCGGAAGUUGCUUCCUUUUGCUCUUGCAGAGGCUUAGAUCUAUGCUCGGGGAGGAAGGAGCGUGCAUGGUGAGGCUCUAGGGUUUUGUGUAAGGCCAGGGAGGAGAUUAGCUCCUCCCAGCUAUGCCCGGGGGCCUGAUGAUCCCCGGCCGGAACAUGCCGACAGCGGCCGCCAUGAUCGGCGGCCUCGCCAGCUACGCAGCAUCCCUCGGCCAGAAUAUGAUGGAUGGGCACCACCAGCUCGCUAUGAUGCAGCAGCAGCAGCAUCAGAACCACGGCCAGCAGCAGCAGCACCCACCGCAAGCAGCCACGAGCGAGAGCGAUGCACGCGGCCCACGCCACGACGAGCUGAUGAUGGAGAGCAAAUCUGGCAGCGACAACAUGGAGGGAGGUGCCGGGUCAGGCUCCGGUGGUGAGGAGCUACAGGAGGAUCUCAGCCUGCAGCCAGCCCGCAAGAAGCGCUACCACCGCCACACCCAACACCAGAUCCAGGAGCUCGAAGCGUUCUUCAAGGAGUACCCUCACCCUGACGACAAGCAGAGAAAGGAGCUGAGCCGGGAGCUGGGCCUGGAGCCUCUCCAAGUCAAAUUCUGGUUCCAGAACAAGCGUACCCAGAUGAAGACGCAGCAGGAGCGGCAUGAGAACAUGCAGCUGCGCGCAGAGAACGAGAAGCUGCGAGCUGAGAACGCGCGAUACAAAGAUGCUCUUGCCAAUGCCUCAUGCCCAAACUGCGGUGGCCCAGCCACGGCCGUCAUUGGUGAGAUGUCCUUCGAUGAACACCACCUUCGCAUUGAGAAUGCGCGCCUCCGGGACGAGGUCGAUCGCAUCUCCACCAUCGCUGCCAAGUACGUUGGCAAGCCCGCAGGUAGCCUGCUGCCCAACUUGUCAAAUAUCUCCUCGGCCUCAAUGGCGCCGUACCCACCACCGCCUCCACUUUCCUCCCACCACCUCCUGCCCGGUGGAACAGACAUGUUUGGUGGCCUUCACCUUCAUGGUGCCGCUGCUGGGUUUGACAAGGGGUUGGUGGUCGAGCUCGCCGUGGCCGCGAUGGAGGAGCUGGUGCGGAUGGCUCAGCUUGGCGAGCCGCUCUGGAUCCCUGCCCUUGUCGUAGACGGUGCUACCAUUGAGACUCUCAAUGAGGAAGAGUAUGCCCGUGGGUUCCCCAGCGGCGUUGGUCCCAAGUUGCCGGAGCUCCGAUCAGAAGCAUCACGGGAGACCGUUGUGGUCAUCAUGAAUCAUGUCAACCUCAUCGAGAUGCUCAUGGACGUGAACCAGUGGUCGACGCUGUUCUCAAGCAUUGUGUCACGGGCUGCAACCCUCGAGGUGCUCUCCACCGGCGUUGCCGGCAACUACAAUGGCGCGCUGCAGCUGAUGACAGCAGAAUUCCAGAUGCCGUCGCCGCUGGUGCCGACACGUGAGAGCCAGUUCUUGCGCUACUGCAAGCAGCACACAGACGGCAGCUGGGCGGUGGUGGACGUGUCCGUCGAGGGCCUGCGUGCCAGCGGACAGGCGGGUGCGCGUGGUCGGCGCCGCCCCUCAGGCUGUCUGAUCCAGGAGAUGCCCAACGGCUACUCCAGGGUGACAUGGGUGGAGCACGUAGAGGCAGACGACAUGAUGGUGCACGACCUAUACCGUCCCCUGGUAUGCUCUGGGCUGGCAUUCGGCGCACGGCGGUGGGCAGCAGCCCUGGAGCGGCAAUGUGAGCGCCUUGCCAGUGCCAUGGCCAGUGGCGUCCCGGCAGGGCCUUCCAGUGGCGGAGAUGCUGUAGGUGUGGUGACAUCAGUGGAGGGACGCCGGAGCAUGCUCCGGCUGGCAGAGCGGAUGGUCACGAGCUUCUGCGGUGGCGUGACUGCAUCGACGACGCACCAGUGGACUAAGCUGUCAGGCAGCGGUGCUGAGGAUGUGCGCGUGAUGACGCGUAAGAGCGUGGAUGACCCCGGCCGCCCGCCCGGCAUCAUCCUGAAUGCUGCCACCUCAUUCUGGCUUCCUGUGCCCCCGGCGCGUGUCUUCGGCUUCCUCCGGGAUGACGCCACCCGCAGCGAGUGGGACAUUCUCUCCAAUGGCGGAGACGUGCAGGAGAUGGCUCAUAUCGCCAAUGGACGUGACCACGGCAAUGCGGUCUCACUCCUCCGUGUCAAUAACGCCAACUCGAACCAGAGCAACAUGCUAAUCCUGCAGGAGUGCUGCACAGAUGCAACGGGGUCCUACGUGAUCUACGCGCCGGUGGAUGUGGUGGCCAUGAACGUGGUGCUCAACGGCGGUGACCCAGACUAUGUGGCACUUCUGCCAUCAGGGUUCGCCAUCCUCCCCGACGGGUCUGGUGCAGGUGGUGCGCCACCAGGGUUUGCCGUCCUCCCCGACGGACCUGGUGCAGGUGGUGGUGGCGGCGGCGGUGGUGGGUCACUCCUCACCGUGGCGUUCCAGAUCCUGGUGGACUCAGUGCCCACCGCCAAGCUGUCAUUGGGCUCCGUCGCCACUGUCAACAGCCUCAUUGCCUGCACCGUCGAGCGCAUCAAGGCUGCUGUCGCAGCCGACAACAUCGGCGGCGGGGGUGCCGUCCCCCAGUGACCAUCGCCAGUGGAGACUGAAUCUGAGGAGGGAUGAAGAGCAGGUCGCAUCAAAUCAAAUUGAAAUUUGGGAGGAUUUGGCAAUGCGGGGAUCGAGUCAAGAACGCACCGCGUACUCUCCUUGCAAAGUGUUGCCCUCUGAUCGAUUCACAAGUAGUAGCGAGGAGAGCAACACCUUGCAAGGGGAUUUGGUUCGGGCAUUGACUCUCUUCCUCCGUCCUCCCGUCGACCUGCCACUCUCCUCUUCAGUCCAAGGGUUGCAUUGUAGUAGAAGCUAGCUCAUCCAUCAGCUAGAAGCUAGACCAUGCAUAUAUAUGCAUAUAUAGCUUGUAAUUGGAUUUUCUUCCAUUGUAAUGUGUCUGUAUCUGGUUGUCUUCUCUCCCUGCUGUAUGGAGGGAUGUUGUCUAUGGAGACUGCAAGAGUCUAAAACCGGUCUAUUGGAAUUUUUUCCCAUCAAAUAUCCAUUCCUUAUGUUUUAUUCCGUUAAA